GCCACCGUAGCGCUUGUGCAAACUGAUCAAGCACUUCUUUCCCGUUUCCCUUUCCGAUUACGUGAAAAUCGACAGAAAUGGCCAAAUCGAAGAAUCACACGAACCAUAAUCAGAGCAGAAAAGCUCACCGUAAUGGAAUCCAAAAGCCUAAGAAGUACAGGCAUGAAUCUACCCUUGGUAUGGACUUGAAAUUCUUGCGGAAUCAGCGUUUUGCUAAGAAACACAACCUGAAGCCAAAAGCACAGUUGAAAAGGGCAGCAGAACGUAAAUCCGCACGUGAGGCUAAGAAAUGAAUUGCCUCUGUGUUUUCUCCUGUAUAACAAUAAAAGUAUAAAAUGAAACCCUAA